CGAAGGGAGGCUCGCGGUGCGCGUAAGCUCUAGGAGUACGGGCAGCUGCGCGUGAGAUUUGUUAUAAGCAAGAGACCCGCUGAGUGGGGAGGCGGUGGCUCCUCACGCGCUUCCCCACUCUGUGUUUCCGAAGCGGUGGCAGGCCGAGGCAGCAGCAGGUCUUUCAGUCCUCAGGGGUGGCUAGCCUUUUUUCAGUCGUUUGCGCCAGCCAGGGUGGCCCAGGUGUCCGUUCCAGUUCAUCUGUACUUGAGGACCCGCAGUCGGAGCGGCUCCGAGCGGGAGUGCGCGCCUCUUAGGCGGCGCGCGGUAGCAAUGGCGGCGCUCUGUGAGACGCUCCCGUCACCGAGAUCCACACUCCCAGCCCUCCGCCGAGCCGUCCGAGCCGCCCUCCGCUCUGUAGUUUACAAGUGGCAAUUUGACUUGCUCUGCUGCAUGUCUGGAGGCGCCAAGGAAAGUGUGGAGACGCCCCGGAGACUGAGGCAUCGCAGUUUGCAAAGAAAAAAAGCCAAACAAAUAAACAAAACCCACCCACCCUAGCAAGCAUGAGGCUGCUGGAGAGGCUGAGGAAGGAGUGGUUCAUGGUCGGGAUCGUGGUGGCCAUCGCGGGAGCCAAGCUGGAGCCGUCCGUGGGCGUGAACGGGGGGCCAUUGAAGCCAGAAAUAACUGUAUCCUACAUUGCUGUCGCCACAAUAUUUUUUAACAGUGGACUGUCAUUAAAAACAGAGGAGCUGACCAGUGCUUUGGUGCAUUUAAAACUGCAUCUUUUUAUUCAGAUCUUUACACUUGCAUUCUUCCCAGCAGCAAUAUGGCUCUUUCUUCAGCUUUUAUCAAUCACAUCCAUCAAUGAAUGGCUUUUGAAAGGCAUGGAGACUAAAGGAUGCCUCCCCCACCCCGUCAGCUUUCCAAUUCUGCUUAUGAAAUGCACAGGAGGAUCUCAAGCAGCUGCGAUAUUUAAUUCAGCCUUUGGAAGUUUUUUGGGCAUCAUUAUAACACCCCUUCUAUUGCUGCUUUUUCUUGGCUCAUCCUCUUCUGUGCCUUUUACAUCUAUUUUUUCUCAACUUUUUAUGACUGUCGUGGUUCCACUCAUUAUUGGACAGAUUGUCCGAAGAUACAUCAAGGAUUGGCUUGAAAGGAAGAAACCUCCUUUUGGUGCUAUCAGCAGCAGCGUGCUCCUCAUGAUCAUCUACACCACAUUCUGUGACACGUUCUCCAACCCACACUUCGACCUCGAUAAGUUCAGCCUCGUCCUCAUACUCUUCAUAAUAGUUUCUAUUCAACUGAGUUUUAUGCUCUUAACCUUCAUCUUUUCAACAAGGAAUAACUCGGGGUUUACACCAGCAGAUACAGUGGCUAUCAUUUUCUGUUCUACACACAAAUCCCUCACAUUGGGAAUUCCCAUGCUGAAGAUCGUGUUUGCAGGACAUGAGCAUCUCUCGCUAAUCUCUGUGCCCCUGCUCAUCUAUCACCCAGCUCAGAUCCUCCUGGGGAGCGUGCUGGUGCCAACAAUAAAGUCUUGGAUGGUAUCGAGGCAGAAGGGAGUGAAGCUGACACGGCCAACAGUAUAACAAGGGAGGCGCACUUCCUAUAGCUGUGUACAUCUGUACAGGAUUGUACAUAACACACUGUUCAGAAGACUUGUACUUGUGAAUGUUGCUUCGAUGCAUAUUUUUAUUUUUUUACGGAAAAAUACGAUGUACCCGUUUUAAGUGCCUUAAAGUAUAUUCAACAAAAGCGUUAUUUCCAAAAUAUUCUCUGUUGGUUACUGCUACGGGUGGUACAGUAUUUUGCAGUUAAUUUCUCUUUUUCCAAUGCAGAAAACAGUCCUAAGAAGGACCAAAAACUACUGUACCUUCCCUGUGUCACCUUUUGUGCAGUACAACUCUGUGAUAGUUACUGUAAUGUUUGAAAUGAGGUCACACCAUCAGGAAAAAUGCCCUUCUGAUGACAGUGAAAGUUUCCAAAGUUUCUUCAUACAUACUUUGAUUCACUGUGUGAUUCUUUUUUCUACAACUGUGACAUGCCUCUUCCUUAUCAACUCAGCAGGGGUCAUGGAUCGACUAGAUGCUGAAAAGCGUAAGAUAUCGCUGCAUUCCUUUGCAUCGUUUUUUUUUUUUUUUCUUAGACAUUCCUUCAAAUAGUUUCCACACAGAAAUUCUUCAGUCCUAUCAUAAGAAAUUGUGGUGUUGUGUCUUAAAUUUAUUAUAAGCUGCUUCAAAGGAAGGGCCUGAUGUUUGAGUUAUGAGUGAAAUAAGGAUGUGAAGUUUUGAGGUAAACUAAGGAAUUUGGUUUCCAGGGUUUUUAAUAAUAUCUCAGUAUGUUUUUACUGUUUCUUCUGUAAUUUCUUUCUUACCUGUCUCCUACCACACUUGCACUCAUAAUCACCAAACGUGAGACACACAAAAAAUGUUACAGUCAGUUUAAGAACAGCAGCAAUUAAUGAUGGAUUCUAGUCACAUUCCACAACUGACACUAUUCUUCUGUUGUUCCUCUGUUACACAGAUGUGCUGAACACGUUCCAAAUCUCCCCUCUGGUGAGAACAGCCUGUUACAUUUUUGAAUUAAGCACACUUAAGAAUUUGAGACCAUUUUUUUCAUAGAUUUGAUAAAUGUUUGCAGCAGUCUUUAAAAUGUUAAAAAUCACAGUGCACUUAUGAAUAAACAAAAAUAGAGGGACCAUGAAUGCAGGCAACUGUGACACAAACUCACUCUGUCUAGCCAGAUGGGAAGAAAAACUGGCUCAAAAAAAGACAAGACCAUUCAUUAACCAGAAUACAAGUGUAAUUUGUCCCCAGUGGGGCAUCUGCUUUCUUCUAAAGAAGUCUCCAAUAUUUGCUUUUACUGUGGCUGGAAGAAUGUUCACUGGUCCCAAGAAGAGAAUAAAGCAAUAUAUUGGAUCAAGGGAACACUUUUUCUGUGUUUUCUGCCAUCCCAUGUCUUCCUCUCUCAUGUCCUUUCCUGAUUUGACACAUGCAGCGGCAUCCUGGGCAUCGCUGAGGCCACGCUGUAUCCUCAGUAUCUGUCAUUGUUGUCGGCACUGUUGCUACGCCUGUAACAGAAAAUCACUGCUUCAGAACUUCUUAUCAGUAGUGUGAGUUUAUGUUAGUGUUACCACUGGGUCUCAUUUUGUGUUACUUUCAACACAUUUCUGUGUCACUGAACCACAUCAUUUUCACAAGAGUACUAAGGUUAGUACCAAAACGUGAAAAAUCCUGCCCUAAACAGGCUGUAAUAUACAAGUGUUGAGAAUUACAGUGUGUAAACCUGCAGCUAUUUUGCUUUAUAUUUUUAUGCUUGUCUAUAGAACACAGAAAAAAGUUUUCAUGUUUUGUUCCUACAGGCUUGAGUCUGUCUGUCCAAACUGUCAUAAAAACCCUUCUCUGUUUUUAUUUGAAUACUGAUUUUCUUUUCAACUUAUCUACCUCUCUUGUCUAACACCUAGAGUAGGUGUGGUAUGGGAUAAAUUUCAACUGAAAAUGCUACGGUAACAUCCUGUCUUUUGCUUUAAUAUGUUUUAUUUUCAAAUAAUCUUUAUGUGGUGCAUUUUGGUGGCUUUCGUGAUGUUUAUGGCUUUUUUUUUAACACAAAUGGUAUAGCAUAUUUUUCCAUAAGGAACAAGAAAUAAAAUUUAUUUUUAAUUCAUCUUUAUUAGGAUUUAAUUACUCAGAUCUUAAAAUAUUUUCAUGUUUAUGCACUGUCAAGCUGUUCACAUUUGCUUUGUUCAAGUGUAUUUAUAAAAGAAAUAAAUUAUGUUUACUCAUUUUCCACCUAGAUUUUUUUAAGUUUGUUAUGAAGUUUGAUUUUUUUAAAGGGAUAAUAAUGUUGAUCUUUAAUACAUCGUAAGUUUUAAAAGUUUUGUUUUUUAAAAUGCUUCCCUAUUGAUUAAAAUUAACAUAUCUCUGGUGAUGUUCAGUGUUUAUGCUAAAUACCAAAUGUUUUCAAAAGGAUGGAUAAGUAAUGAAGUAGAUUAUUUAUGAUGAAUGGAAGAGGAAAAUCAUUCUAUGAUUAAACAAAGAAAUU